UUUAUUUUUCAUCAACACUCAAAAAAAUAAAUAAAUCAAUUUUUACUUCACUUUUUAAUAAUAAUGGACGCCCUUUUUGCAAAGGGAAAGGAGUUUCUCAGUUCCAAAGAUGACAAAGAAAAUCCCGACGACCGUUACAAGGAAACUUCCGAUGACGAUCACCGUGAAAAGAGAACUUCCGGCCACCGUGGUGGUGGCGCCAAGACCGCCGCACACAAUGAUACAGAAACUUCAGAUGAUGAUCACCGUGAAAAGAAAACUUCCGGCCAUCGUGCAGGUGGCAAGACCACCGCACACAAUGACGACACAGAAACUUCCGAUGACCACCAUGAAAAGAAAACUUCCGGCACCCGAGCAGGUGGCAAGACCGCUGCCGCAAGCGGCAGUGCUGCUGCUCAUAAUCCCAACGAGCACAAAAAGCCAACAAAUUCUGAGCUGAUGGCUAGCGCAAAGCUGAUAGCUGAUGCCGCACAAGCUAAAUUAGGUGGCGGUGGCGGCGCACAAAAAGAAUUCGACAAUGCAAAGCUUGCCGGAGCUGCCGCUGACAUUCUUAGCGCCGCCUCACAUUACGGGAAAUUUGGGGAAGAAGGAAUUGGAAAGUAUCUUGGACAAGCUGAAGAUUAUCUCCACGGUUAUGAGCUCAAAAAUUCCAAAGGCAACAAAGCUGCUGGCACCGGCACCGGUCCCGCAUCCAAAAAGGGUUCCGGUACUGCGGCUAACAAGGGCUCGUCGGAGCAUCGCCGCGAUGACGACAAUUCUAGAGAUGAUGAUGAUGGGCACGGAGAGCAUAAACGGAUGCCGAAGAAACAAUCCGGUGAACGUUACGACCAUGAACGUUCAGAGGAAGGUGAUCGUGAUCAUUCUGGAGGUGGACAUGGCGAAAAUAUGAAGAAAGCUGAAGGGAGGUUGAAGAAAAAAUUUGGUGACAAUUCCGAACACGAACGUUUAGAGGAAGAUGAUGAUCAUGCUGGAGGGCACGACGAACAUACGACUAAGGGAAAAGGAAUAUCCAAGAAACAAUCUGGUGGUGAUAAUUAUGGGCAUGAACGUUCAGAGGAAGUUGAUGAUGAUGAUCACUCCGGAGGUGGGCACGGCGAACAUAUGAAAAAAGCUGAAGGGAGGUUGAAGAAAAAAUUUGGUGACAACUCCGAACAUGAACGUUCAGAAGAAGAUGAUAGUCGUUCUGGAGGUGGAUAUGGCGAGUAUCUCAAGAAAGCUCAAGGAAUGAUCAAGAACAAAUCCGGCGACGACGACAGUUCAGAGAAAAGUGAUGGCGAAUCCGGUGGAGGGUACGGCGAGUAUUUGAAAAAAGCUCAAGGAAUGCUUAAGAAAAAGUCAGGUGACGACGAUGGUUCAGAGAAAGGUGAUGGUGAAUCCGGGGGAGGAUACGGUGAGUAUAUCAAGAAAGCUCAAGGAAUGCUUAAGAAAAAAUCAGGUGACGAAGAUGGUCCAGAGAAGGAUGAUGGAGAUUCCGGUGGUGGGUUCGGCGGGGUCAUGAAAAUGGCUCAAGGUAUGUUUAAAAAAGAUUCCGACCACGGCGACCGUAGCCCCACCAGAGAUUCUAGAGAUGAAAGGUGAGAAAAAAGGAGACUUGUUAAAGAUGGCUGGAAGUUUCUUCAAGUAAUAAGAAUUAAAAAGCAUUUGAUCAAUUCUUUCGUUUCUCUUUUUAAAGUAUUAGGAUUAUAGUGAUUUUGUUGUUGUUGUAACUAUAUAUAGUUCGAUUUCAAUUGUAAUAACGGAUAACAUGUAUCAGGUGGCUCGGAGCUGCCAUGCAAUAAUACAUGUCAAGUAGGAUAGAUCAAUGUACAAUUUUUGAUUAGAUUCAAGUUUUUUUUUGGGGUGUAAACUUAAAUAAAUUAACUAUCUCAC